AUGAUUUUGGCCAUGUUUCGUCCAUUCCUAAGUUGCUUAGGCUAUACACCUAAAGCGCCCGAGAAAGCAAACGACUAUGGAGCAGCUAUUUGGCGGAAACAGAACAUCUAUCAGCUGCUGACCGAUCGUUUUGCGCGUAAUGAAGACGAUUAUGACCAUCCCGCAACUGGAAGACUUUACUUGGGAGGUACAUGGAGAGGCAUCAUCAGUAAACUUGACUAUUUGCAAUCCUUAGGCAUUACGGCUGUGUGGAUUAGUCCAAUUGUCAAGAAUAUUGAAGAAACAACUGGUUAUGGGCAGGCUUACCAUGGUUACUGGACCGAGGAUAUGACUGAGUUGAACAGUCAUUUUGGUACGGCUGAUGAUCUUCGCGCUUUAGUACAAGCAUUGCAUGAAAGAAAUAUGCUGUGCAUGAUUGACAUUGUUGUUAAUCACAUGGCCCACAGCGGUUCGGGACCCGUCAACUUUGCUCGCUACCGGCCUUUUCAUCGUGCUGAAGAUUACCACGAGAAACGCUUCAUUCGUGAUUAUGACAAUCUGAACGAUUGUCUUACCGGCUGGUUAGGCGAUAAUGUAGUGUGUCUUCCCGACAUCCGCACUGAGAAUCCACGCAUUUGUAGCAUUUUCCAAAACUGGAUUGCCUUUUUGCAUCGGGAAUACAACUUUGAUGGUAUUCGCGUCGACACGGCCAAACAUGUUCAAAAAACCUUUUAUCCGCCCUUUGUGCAUGCUGCGAAUGUCUUUGCUAUGGCUGAAGUGUUUCACGGAGAUCCGGCUUAUGUGGGUGUGUAUCAGCAUUACUUGCCUUCGGUUUUGAAUUAUCCACUGUACUACCAAUUACGCGAUACUUUUCUCGAUCGAAAGCAAAACAUGUCUGUCUUCUAUCAAAAAGCGGUCCUUGACAUCCAUCGCUCGUUUUACGAUGUUACGACUGCUGGCAACUUUGUCGAAAAUCAUGAUGUCCCUCGGUUUCUGCACACUUGCAGAGACUAUUCGCUCGCUGUAAACGCUCUUGUAGCAACCAUUUUUAUGGAUGGAUUUCCCAUUAUAUACCAGGGUCAGGAACAAAUGUACAAUGGCGGGGAUGAUCCGGAAAAUCGUGAUGCACUCUGGAAGUCCCGUUACGAUACAACGAACUCUAUGUUCCGUGUCAUUUCUUCGCUCCUGAAGUACAGACUUAAGCUUUGUGACAUAUAUUCAAACUUUACGACAGAGCCUACGCAGCCGUUACUGGUGAAUGACCAGCUGUAUGCUUUCACGCGACCUGGCGUAUAUGUGAUUCUAACUAAUAUGGGUUCUACUUUCAACUCUCGCAUACAAAUUCCUUUACGAACAACAUGUGAAAAUAAACCUCUGGUGGAUGCUUUCGAUGAGAAGCCGCCUGCUGGCCUAGAGUCGCGCAUUGCUUCAUCCACCCUACAUACAAGCAUCCAAUUUGGAUUUCCAAAAGUUCUUAUUGAUCCCUCCAUUCUUUAUUAG